UUUAAGACGCUUUGUGUUGUUUGUUUGCAAACGAGAGACACGCUUUGUUGUUUCUAUGGUGGGACACUGCACUGCAUACCGGAGAUAUUUGUAUAGUUUUUCGCCGAAUUUAUGGAGUUUAUUAGUAUAAAAAUGAUUUAAUGAAAAAGAUAAAAAUAUUAUCGAUCACAAGUAGAUUUUGUAUAGAAAAUCCGAAAAAUCAAAAAAGCAUAUGCCGUAUCAAAAGAUUUGUAUUCCGUUUUUUACUUAAACCGACUCUACGCAAAAAAAAAAACCUAAUCAACAUUAAAAGAUGGAUACAAAAAAAAAACAAAAGCUUAGCACACCAUCAGAGGUGAAUCCAGAACAGAAGAAAAAGCAAAAACUUAGCAAAUCACAAGUAAUGGCAAGUCCCUCUUCUCUCUCUGAGAAGGAUAUGCAAGAAGCGAUGAAGAAGCAAAACGAGGCUGCUAUGUUCCUUGCAGGGAAAGUAAUCUCUGCCCUAGGUAGAAACUCUAACUUCGUCUUCUCUCCCGCAUCAAUCAACACCGUGGUCACCAUGAUGACUCCUGGCUCCGACGAGCGUAACGCUGUCUUCAGCGAGAUCGCUACCCUCGUCUUCGCUGACGGUAGCACCAAGGGCGGCCCCAAAAUCUCAGCGAUAAACGGAAUUUGGGUCGAGCAAUCACUCCCCUUUGAUUCCUCUUUGAAGGAUCUCUUGGAGAAAUUUUUCAAAGCUACUUUUGCUCAAGUUGAUUUCCGAUUCAAGGCUGAACAAGUGCGUCGUGAGCUGAAUAAAUGGGCUUCCGAUCACACCAAUGGUCUCAUCAGAGACCUUCUUCCUCCUGGAUCCGUUAAAAGCGAAACCGUUCAGGUUUAUGGAAACGCAUUGUACUUCAAAGGAGCAUGGGAAAACAAAUUUGACAAGUCUUUAACCAAAAUCAACAAGUUUCAUCUACUCGAUGGCAAACAAUACAGUGGUUAA